UUCGUUUUAUUGUUGCGUGCCACCUUUUAUACUAGACCUCACUCUUCAACCGCUUGCUUGCUCCCCUCAGCAAAGAAUACAUACAACUUGCAUUUUGCAGAGUUUCUUGCAGUACAAUUUGGUCUGAGAAUUUGGCAAUUUGCAUUUUUAUUGUUUUCCCGAGAAUUAUUUUGUCUUUGGUUCACUGAAGAAGCUUCCCAGAGAAAAUGGUUCAUAUUUUGCACACAGUGUUUGGAGUGAUUGGAAACGCUUGUGGCUUAUUCCUGUUCUUGGCACCUACGAUUACAUUCAAGAAGAUCCUUAGGAAAAGGUCCAUAGAAGAUUUCUCCGGAGUACCUUAUACCAUGGCUUUGCUCAACUGCCUCCUUUAUACUUGGUACGGUUUGCCUUUUGUGUCGCCAAACAACAUAUUGGUAUCAAUAAUAAAUGGAACUGGAGCAGUACUGGAGUCAAUCUAUGUGUUGAUCUUCCUUAUACUUGCGCCUAAGAAGGAGAAGGCAAAGGUUUUUGGAAUUCUUGUUUUGGUCCUCACAACAUUUGCAGCUGUUGUCUUGGUUUCCAUGUUGGCCCUCCAUGGCAAGACGAGGAAGCUUUUCGUUGGUUUAAUUGCCACAAUCUUCUCCAUUGCAAUGUAUGCUGCACCUCUUUCAGUAAUGAGGUUGGUGAUCAAAACCAAGAGUGUGGAGUAUAUGCCAUUUUUCUUGUCCCUGUUUGUUUUCCUAACUGGUACUACGUGGUUCAUUUAUGGGAUGAUUGGAAAGGAUCCUUUCCUUGCUGUACCUAAUGGAUUUGGAUGUGUUUUGGGAGCAAUGCAAUUGAUGUUGUAUGCCAUUUAUCACAAGAAUAAGGGGGACAACAAUAAAGGUGUAGCCAAUGGAUCUUUGGAGAUGGGAAUUGAGCAGUCCCAUCAGCAGAAACAUGCCACCAAUGAUAGGCAACUUGAUGGACAACUUUAAUUAAGUUUGAUCAUGUAAAUUCAAAUUUACCUUAUUCCUAAUUGUUGUUCACUACAAGUAAGAAAACCCAUAUGGGAUAAUUAAUCAAUGUAACAAUGAUUGAUAUCAUAAUCGAUUGAUUUUCCCAGGGGAACUUAG